CAGCGACCUCCCUGUCCUCUCCACCCGCUUCACUGUCUAGGAUUGACGGAUAGGACCUUCACCUGCUGCAUCUUUUCUAUCUACUCAUAUAACCCCUUCUCAAGUCCCCGAGCUUUUUAUCUAGAAAAACUUUCACCGCCCAGUCCCCUCCCAUUCGGAGAAAGGAGGAGGAAGGAUGGAAAGAAGGAAAAGAAAAGGGGUGGGAUAGCGAUGGGGCUGGAUGGCACCAGCCCUCCCCGCGCCCCCACCCCCACCCCAACUCUGCUGCCGUCACGUGGUGCUUGUAAUGGGAGGUGGGAAGAAGAGGAGAGACUUUUUUUUUGGGUGCUCUGGCUCUCCGGGUAGUUUCCUUCACUAUCAGCUGCAAACUCCUGAGGCGCGGCACUCCGCGGAGACAGCCAAAGCAAGCAGAGCGAGCCGAGCGCGCAGAGCUCAGAACACGAAGCUUGGAGCCCGGGAGCGGCGAGCCCGGAGCCCAGAGCCGGGCAAUGCGGGCUCUGCUGACUGCACCUGGAGCUUCUCUUCGUGGUGGCGGCGGUAGCACAAGAGGCUGCAGCGUGGGCCAUAUCAAAAGCAGCAGGAGCCGCCACAACCGGUGCAGUCUCUGAUGCACCUUCCGCUCCCAGCCUGGCGGCUCCGAGAGGAUGUGGUUCCUCGGUAUCGUUACUACUUUUGGGGGAUUGUUUUUGCUUCCAGGUUUUGCUCUUCAGAUCCAGUGUUAUCAAUGUGAAGAAUUCCAGCUGGAUGAUUGCUCUUCCCCUGAGUUCAUUGUGAACUGCACCGUUAAUGUUCAAGAUACUUGUCAGAAAGAAGUAAUGGAACAAAGUUCUGGAAUUCUGUAUCGCAAGUCCUGUGCAUCAUCUGCUGCCUGUCUCAUUGCCUCAGCUGGAUACCAAUCCUUCUGCUCCCCAGGGAAAUUGAACUCAGUCUGCAUCAGCUGCUGUAAAUCCUCACUCUGCAAUGGGCCCCGACCCAAGAAAAGGGGCAGCUCAGCAGCAAUGCCAAGGGCAGGGCUCCCCACCAUCAUUCUUCUCUUGAAACUGGCCUUCUUCUCAGUGCACUGCUGAAGUAGAAGGAUGCUCCCCCCAACCCCCACCCUUGUUCAUUUGGCUCUCUGUCCUCCCUCAACUCCCUUGAUUAUCUUCUGAAGCAACACAUAGAGCAGGACCUCGAUUUUUUUUUUCUCUUUACUUCCUUAAUGAAAGAGCUCAGUGUAAAAAAGAAAAAAAAAUCCCAGAAAGAAACAUUUUUGUAACCUAUGACUGAAUCUUCAAUGUGCCCUUAAAAGCAGAUGGGGGGAUAGGAAACAAGGGAUUGGAAAUCAGAUGUUCCAUUUGUGAUGCCAGAAACCAGGUCUACUUUUUUCAGAAUCAGCAUUGACAUCAAGGUGGAUAGCUAUAUUUUAAAUCUCCCAACUUUCUUUCUAUAAUGUUUUUGUUCUGUUUCAAGGUGUCGUGGGAUGGGAGAGGGUCACUCAGUAAUGAUUGCCUUAUUUGGAAUUCAUACUUCAUUUUCCCUCAGAUUGUUCUCUGCACCUACAUGGGGCUCUAGAGCAACCUCCGAUGGUUUGCUUUCUGAAUUGGGUUCUAGUGAUUCCAGACUCAGUUGCUGAGACCUAGAGUCAGGCUUGGUCUCACUCUGAAAAGAAUUUAAGCAAACCUUCUUAGUUCUCCUUGCAGAGGCAUUGCGCAACGAUGAAAUGGAGAUCAAUGGGUGGCCAGAACGGCCACUGCUGGUUGUAGAAUUCAGAUGGGCCCGGAGCAGUUUCUCUUUGUUGGCGUGCUCCAGAGUCAAGCGACAGCAGAGAACUUGGCUGAAGACCUUGCGGAACUGCCGAGAAGAGAUGUUGUAUAGGAGCGGGUUGAUGACGGAACUGAGGUAAAAGAAGGUGUCGGCAAAGGGAAGGAGAAUCAUGUAUGCCCUGAAAUAGGAGCGAGUCCAAUCCUGCUUUGGUUUUGCUGCAGCCAUGAGCCUUCGAAUCUGGUUUGGCAUCCAGCAUACUGCUAGAGUCACAACAAUCAGUCCUGAGUGUGUAAAGGGGAAGAGAAAGAGAAAACAGCAUGUGAAAAAAAAAAUCAUAAAAUAUUUAGUGUCUCAGUUCUGCACUUACCAGUUAGGAAAUGGUACCAAUUUUUCAAUAUUUUGCUUGACAGGUUUUUCUGCCAUGAGCAACAAAAUAAAUAAAUAAAUAUCAAUAUUUCAAGGCCAGAGUAGUUGGGCUAUAUUAAAAAUCGUUAAAUGUAUAAGUGGGGUUUAUUUAUACCUGUUGAUAUUUGUUCAUUUUUAAAUGGUUUCAUUGAUAUUUAUGUCUUUGGAAAACAUUUUAUGUGAUCUAUGGU